UGGGGCGGCAGAGGCGCAUGCCCAGGUGGGCUGGCCGAGUCUGGAUCCUGGCAGCCGGAGGACGCAGGACGGGGGGCAGGCAGCGCUCCGGGAGGAAGCAGAGCCCAGCACAGGGAGCCGUGUCCGAGCAGAACAGCCACCAGGGCUGGACAGAAGCAGGGCUCACGUUGGGCAGACUUGAGUCUGGGCAGCAGCUGGCCGGAUUGGGGCUGCGGCUCCCCUGGCCAUCCAGAGUGCCAGCAGGUUGGAGCUGAGGCUCAGGACCUCACGUGUGGAACAGAGGUGCCGGGGACAGCCGUGCAGGGAGACUCCAAAGGAUUGUAAAAGGGAUGAAUGCUUGAUUUGUAAAGUUGCUUGUCGUACAGUUCUACUUUCAAAACAUACGGACCCCAACAUCCAGGCGCUCUUCAUGGGCGUAGAUAGCCUGUGCAUGAAGUACGCCAAGGAGACCUCCCAGAUCUCAGAAUUUCAAGAAAAGCACAGAAGGAGACUGUUAGCCUUCUAUGGAGAAAAGUCACUCGAUUGUGUUCAGAUUUCUCAGUUGGAGGAGUCCCUCAGGAAGUCGACGCUGCGGGUGGAGCAGCUGCAGAGGGUGAGGUCGUCACAGCAAACAGCUUUCAGCACAGGAAACACUACAGCUUCAACGCCCUCAGCAAAGCCGAGCGGACCUCCUGUGUUCCAGCCCCGCGGCUCGUCAGCCUCUGAGAGGUCUGCACCCUCAGCCCCCGCCCCCAGCGCAGGCACUGGGCACAGGGUAGAGUCCAUGGAAGCUGACCUCAUGCCCUCUCCGAGGAGAAAGCAAACAGGGACAGUCUCUGCUCCUGAGCCAGUCUGGAGCGUCAGCGGUUGUUUUCUCUUUACGAGGCAGCCUGAGGUCGCCACUGGCCCCCCGAGGAUCUCCCUGCUCAGCCCACCUCGGGACGGACGCAUGGGCAGCAUCGCCCACCGCCCUCAGCACCUUGGCCUGACGCCCCGAUGCUCCAGCGAGCCCCAGUCUCCCAGGAUCCCGGUCCUGCAGAUGCCCUGUGAGUGGCCAAGGCAGAGCCUGGUGCCUGCGGCGAGCAGAGGGGCAGCACCCAGGCAGCCCAUCAGCAUCUCAGGGCUGAUGCAGAGGCAGCGUCCAGGACCUGCAGGCCUCAGGGGGCUUGCACAUGAGUGCCAGCAGGCUCACCCUAGUCUGGGUGUCCGUGCCGCCAGCCUGCCUCUUCCUGACAGAGCGACUCGGCCACGAGAGUGAAUAAAUGGCCUUCGGGCUCUCUGGGGCA